AUCACUCCUAUUAACUCCUUCCAUUUCUCAUUUCCCCCUUUCCUCUUUGCCCUAAUCUUACCCAUUCUUCUCUUCCCAUUUCUCCUACAAAUUAAUCUAUCUUUCCAAUUGUUUAUGUUUGUUCGACCUAAAACUCUCUGAGCUUUUGCGAUGGUAAGAGGAUUCGCCAUGGAGUCACAGGAUAAGAGAAUGUGCAAGACCGAAUCUGCGUUUUCUGGUGUGAGCGUUGAUUAUAAUCAAAAUCAAAAUCAUCGAGUGUACGAUGAGGAUUGUUUUGGUGACAUUCUAAACAUGUUUGAUUUCCCGAUGGAGGGUUUGGAAGGCGAUGGAUUUGCAGAGGAUUGGGCCUCUAAACUCGGCCCUAUACCUUCUGAAGUCUUCAAAGAACUCGGUGUCAGCAAUACAUUCGUCCCUUCCACAGAUUUGCCCUUUGAGUAUCCCGUGCUUAAUAAUAGAGCUUUGCAUUCUCAACCAAAAGAAGCCUUUGAAGCACCAAGCCCUAAUUCAGUCCUGGAAAAUCGGUCUUCCAGCUCAAACAGUAAACCCAUCUCCUUAGGAAUCGAGCAUUCCAUUCCGGUUAGAUCUCGAAGCAAACGAUUCCGACCCACCUCCAAUCCAUGGUUGCUGUCACCUCUGAUAUCCAAAGAAAAGAAGAGAAAAACAGCAUCCGAGAUUCCGGUUUUCAUAAAAAGAUCGAAUGUCACGGGAAACGGAAUCAAGAAAUGUGCUCAUUGUGAGAUAACAAAAACCCCACAAUGGAGGGAGGGACCAAUGGGCCCCAAAACACUUUGCAAUGCGUGUGGGGUCCGGUAUCGGUCCGGUCGCCUCUUCCCGGAGUACCGCCCUGCUGCCAGUCCGACAUUUGUUCCGGCACUGCACUCCAAUUCUCACAGGAAGGUGAUAGAGAUGAGGAAUAAGACUGUUGAGUAAGAGUGUAACAGAAGCAUAUCAAGGUAAGAGGCUUUUCUUGUUUUGCUUUUUUUUUUUUUUUUUUUUAAGUUUUUGAGUCGUAAUGGUAUGAUGUUGAUGUACAAAGAAGAAAAGGAAACAAGGACUCACCCACACCCGUUUUGGGGGUAAAUCGGUAAUUAGUAGUAGGGUUUAAAUCUAGCAUAUGUUUGGAGGUAAAUUAGGUUACAGUUUUGAGUUGUUUAGGAGUAGUUUAAGUAAGUUGAUGUGAGAUGUAAAGUAUUUGUGUUAGAUUAUCCAACUGUUGACAUUUGUGUU